UGCAUUGUUUUAUCAUCUCAUCAUGUUAAAUUACUGUAUAUGCAUGCAAUUACAAAAUGUAUGUUACUAGGAACCAUCACCAUCACUUUUUGACAAGAACUGGGACUGGGUGAAUGACCACGGCAAGAUGCAUCUGAAGGAGGUUGAGGCUAAGGGGUACUACAUUGAUCUCUGGGAGAGCUUGAAGGUUUGUGCUAUUUACCAACUCAAUCACUGGUUUUAUUUUUAUAACUUAAUUGUCAGAGUUUGCUAUCAAAUCCUGCUGUUAGAGAAGAGAUCAUUGGAAAAAGUCAUGUCAGUACAGAUGGUAGCAUGCGCGAUAUCUGUGAUGGGGACUUUGUUAAGAAACAUCCAGUCUUUCGAGCACAUCCAGAUGGUUUACGGUUUUUACUGUAUCAUGAUGACAUUGAAGUUUGUAAUCCUCUCGGAACCAGUGCUGGAGUUCACAAGCUUGGUGUGUUUUACUAUAUAUAUACAUUGGGAAACAUAAGACCAGUGUUUCGAUCAUCGCUCCAAGCUAUUCAACUACUUGGAGUGGCUAAGUCAUCGGACAUGAAUCAGAGUGCACGUGAUAUCCUCCUCAGAAACUUUGUUCAAUGCAUGAAAUUGCUUUCAACAGAUGAAGGAUACAGGUUAGAGCUAGACUCAGGUGUGGUAGUACUUCAUGGAGCUGUCGUCUGUCUCUGUGGUGACAUACCUGCUAGUAAUUUUCUUGGAGGGUUUAAAGAAGGUGUUGGGUUUGCGCUACGGAAAUGCAGGCAGUGUCUUUGUUCGAAGGAAGAUUUAAAACAUAAUUUUCAUGUUGGUGCGUAUACCCUGAGAGACUCUCAUAGUCACAACCAUUACUGUCAGCUAGUGGAAAGUGAUGUGAAUGGAUGUUUGGGGUACUCAACUACGUAUAUAUGGAGUGAAUAAUGCGAGCAUUCUUCUGGACAUUCCAUUCUUUGAUGUCACCAAAUGUCUUCCGUACGACAUAAUGCACACAAUAUUUGAAGGUGUUGCUCCACGUCUCCUCAAAGAGCUUUUUGUUACUUUUAUCAAUAUCAAGAAGUACUUCACCUUGUCAGAGCUCAACCAGUCUCUUGCAUCCCACCAUUACGGAUAUUCAGAGCUUGACACCAAACCAAACACAAUUACUGGGUCGACGAUGGAGUAUCAUAUCAAACAGAAAGCUUCUCAGAUGAAAGCACUGAUCCGAUUAUUCCCGUUUAUCAUGGGGGGCUUUGUUCCAGAGGGCGAUGAACACUGGGGUCUUCUCCUAACUCUGUGGGAUAUCUGCACAAUGGUGACCGCAUUUGUGGUUACAGAGACAGAUGCUUCUGAUCUGGCAUGGAAAGUAGAGUUGUUGCUAGAAACAUAUGUGCAACUCUAUCCAAACUCGCCCUAUGUUCCAAAGAUGCAUUAUCUUCUGCAUCUACCUGACAAACUAUUAAGAUUUGGUCCACCACGAAACACAUGGUGUAUGCGGUUUGAAUCCAAGAAUAAGGAGUUAAAAGGUUUCACCUCAAACUGCUUUAAGAAUGUCCCAUACAGUGUGAGUGUCCGACACCAGCAGAGGUCUUGUCACCUUCUAGCAGUGCGUCCUGGACAAGAGAUGUCAAAUUUCUUGUACAAAGGAGAUGAAGUAUCCUCAGGAAAAUCUGUCAUUUUGGACAAUGAUCUGGUAGCACCGGUUACACAACUGUGUGGAUUGGACCACCCUCAGCUGCCACUUGUUGCUUAUCGGUUAGUUUCGUUAACUUUCACAACAAGCUUGUACCAGUGUAUACAUUUUUAAUUGUUACGAUGUCAGCAAACAAACCCACAGCAUUCUGUUUAAAACAACAGUAACUACAUGCAAUCAAAUCAACCACAGAAGGACCACCACCAGUAGUCCAGUAGUUUCCUUGCCCAAGGGACUAAUACAAUAAGGGCAUAAUAAACUAAAGGGACCCUGUGACUGUGAGUACCAUUAACUAAUCUAGCACAGAAAUAAUCAACCAGAAUGUGUGGGAUGGUUCAACAACAGUAGACUCACAGAGACAACACCUCCUUGCUCUUGAAGACCUCGUCGACUCCAGUUGCAACAAGCCUGGCACGCAAGGCUUGCACAAGUGCUCAAGACUACUCUUCACUAAUCCAGUCAAAAGCUACAGUUCCCUUGGCACACCUAUAGUUUAGUUAAAACCUGAACUUACCAAUUCCAUGUGCAGUAGGCACAGAGUUAAGAUCCUAAAAAAGCUGUCAUAACAGAUUAGCAUAAGCAGCAGUUGUCUAACUAUAUUAUAGCUAGCUAUUCUAAUGAUCCUAGCUAUUAAACUAACUAUUGGAACUGAUAACGAGAUCCCAAUUAUGGCAGGAUCCUGUGCUGCUUUCCCUUUAGGCAAUUACUAACGGCAGAGUGCUCCCUCAAUAGACUGGAGUGCCAUGAGUAAUCCAUCUUUGCACCCCGAAGGCUGGUUCGACAACGGUUUCAAGAACAAGAAGAUGCUGUCCUGCGACCCGACUGUUGAAGAACCUUCCACACACAUUCUGAUUGAUUACUUCAGUGCUAUGGACACCAUCCCUCCUCCUCCCCCCCCCCCCACCAAAGGGUUCAAGGCCAUGCAGGUAAUAUACUCUUAGCCAUGCGUAUUUAAAACAGUACACAAAAAGCGUUGUCGACACGAGUUUAGCCGUGCAUACAUGCAUUUAACGUGCGCUUUGCUGGCAAGUAUGUAUCUAUUAAGCUGCAUGCAUGACCUACACACCUCACAGUCAAGAAGGGGCCACCACACU